CCUUUUUCUUUUCGGAGUUUUGACGUUAAUUUGCCUUUACGGUUGUGUGUAGAUCUCAAAUUUGAUCCGUGCUGCCAAGAAAUUCCUGGAGUAUCAAGUGAUGGCCUCAUCCUCCGAAGACGAUCGCAAGGACGACGUGUACUUGAGUUCUGGAGGUGAGGACAUACGCAGGACCUUCACGGACCACCUCUACUGUUCAUUAAAAGACCACCAAUUCGACGUCUUCAUGUACGGAGACGAGUACGAUGACAAACUAGAAGAAAGUAAUGGAGCUAUACCAGAACAUCUGAUUCAAGCAAUCGAAAGGUCUAAGGUUGCCGUCGUCGUCAUCUCAAGAGGGUAUCUGGAGUCGUUGUGGUGUCUGGAGGAGCUGGUGAAGAUCAUGGAGUGCAGAAAAACACUGGGUCAAUUAUUUUUUCCAAUUUUCUAUGAUGUUGAUCCCUUUGACGUCCGGAUCCAGAGUGGUAGUUUUGCGCAAGCGUUUCAGAAAUACGAACAGAAAAUUAACGAAGAAAAGGUACAUCUCUGGAGAAAGGCUCUUAGGGAAGCUGCACUUUCCCUUUCGGACGGAUUAAAUUUGAGGAAGACUGACGGGCAUGAAGGAAACUUUAUCAGGAACGUUAUUUCUCAGAUCACUGGAAAACUGAGCAUCAUCACAAGCUUAGAGGUACCCACCAACCUAGUUGGAAUAGAUUCUCGUGUGCGAGACAUUAGUAAGCAUUUAGAUGUUGGAGGAUCAAAUGAUAUUCGCACAAUUGGAAUUUUGGGUAUGUGCGGACUGGGUAAGACAACGGUUGCAAAAGCCAUUUUCAACAAACAUCAUCAUAAUUUUGACGGUGCAAGUUUCCUUCAAAACGUGAGGGAAAAGAAACUGAUUGAUUUGCAAGAACAACUUCUUUCUGAUAUCUUGAAAGCAGCCUACAUAGGGGUAAGUUGUAUCGAUGAAGGGACCAAGGAGAUAGAACAAAGGUUAGGCAACAGAAGGGUACUUGUCGUAAUUGAUGAUUUAGACAGCGUUGAACAGAUAGAUGCUUUGGAUAUAAAACCUGACUCCUUUGGUCUAGGGAGCAGAAUCAUUAUGACUUCAAGAAACAAACAUUUGCUGAAGAUACUUAAUGUGGAUAAGAUAUGUCCUCUGCCAGCAAUGAGUGAAAGAGAAGCUCUUGAGCUACUUAGUUGGCAUGCCUUUAGAAAGAAUGAUCCUGAUGAAGAGUAUGUUGAGCUCUCAAGAAAGGCUGUUGGCUACUGUGGAGGUUUGCCACUAGCACUUGAAGUCUUAGGUUUUUAUCUACGUACAAAAAGCACAAUUGAAUGGGAAACUGUACUGGAUAAAUGGAAUAGAUCACAGCCUUAUCGAGAAAUUCACAAAAGACUUGAAAUAAGCUAUGAUGGGCUAACUGAUGAUGACGUGAAGGCUAUAUUCCUUGAUAUCUCUUGUUUCUUUACUGGAAUGAACAAGGACCAUGUUAUGACAGUACUCGACGGCUGUCAGUUUUAUCCAGAAAUAGGGAUUCGAGAACUUCAAGAUCAAUGCCUUGUAACUGUUGAUAAAGAAGGCAAUCUCAUGAUGCAUGAUUUGAUUCAAGGCAUGGGCAGAGAAAUCGUGCAUGCAGAAUCCCCUUACAAUCCUGGAAAACGUAGUAGAUUGUGGCAUAAUGAAGAUAUAACCGACGUAUUGACGAAGCAAUCUGGAACGGAAGACAUUGAAGGACUCACUUUAGAUAUGCAAGAGUCUGACGAGUGUAGCUUCAGUUCAGAAUUAUUUAGAAACAUGCAGAGUCUGAGAUUGCUCAAACUCAAUAACAUAAAGCUCACUGGAAGUUACCACAAUCUUUCCAAAGAGUUAAGAUGGUUGUGUUGGCAUGGAUUUCCUCUGGAGGUCAUACCAAAAGAUUUUGAUCAACCAAACCUAGUUGCUAUUGACCUGAGCUAUAGCAAACUCAUACGAGUUUGGGAGGAUUCCGAUUUGUUGCUCGAGAAGUUGAAGCUUCUUAAUCUCAGUCAUUCCCCUAACCUGGCAAAAACACCAGACUUCUCAAGACUCCCAAAUCUCGAGGAAGUGAUAUUGAAUGAUUGUGAGAGUUUGUCUGAGGUUCACUCAUCCAUUGGGAAUCUUGAAAGACUUACUUUGGUUAAUCUUGAAGGCUGCAAAAAUCUCAAGGAUCUCCCACUGAAUUUCUUUAAUUCCAAGUCUAUUGAAACUCUUAUUCUUAACAGCCGUUCAAGAUUUGAAAACUUGGCUGAAGGCUUGGGAAAGAGUUGCCAGAAGACAGCAGAUGGCACACCCAUAAGACAAAUACUAUGUCUUACAUGGCCGGUCCCAAGCCCGGAUAAAGGAGGAGGGGGAGGGCGUCAGGUAGUCGACAGCCGGCACUCCAUGAUCACGUCGAAUCCUUAUGAAAAUGAA